UGUGCUUGUGAAAUCGAUUUUUAGGUGACUGUAGUGUAUCAGUUGAUAGUUUAAUUAGUAUUAAAUUAUUAUUAUUAAUAUUAUUUAAGUAUUAGUUUUUUGUUAGUUUACUGAAGUCCGUUGGAUUUUCCUCGUAGCAACCGGAAAUAUCCUCGUUUCACCGUCAGCAAUGAUGUUCAACGAAAACAUCGCUGCCCUCGAUCUAGCCAGCAGCGGCGUAAAAUGGAUCAGCGCCUCUUCAUAUAGCAAAAUACUAGACGAGGAAAUUGCCAGACGUCAGGUCUCGACGCCUCGUCUCAAUUACGAGAUACCAAAGAUAUCCUUGUUGGACAUUAUGGGCGUGAAUUUAGACAGCCUUCACUCAAGACUUGACCUACCUAGGAUAGAAAAUCAAGACAACGAUGGAUAUCUUUUUCCUGCUACGAAGAAGCAGCAGCAGCAAGCCUUAGCGUUCGAUGUGGCUGACUGGCGCGCCCAAGUGCUGCUUGGUUGCAGUCGUAUCCGACGCGAAACUGAGGCGUUGGAGAAGGCUCGGGCCUUGGUGAGCGCUCGAUAUGGCAAGAAAUCAGCGACCAUAGCGGAACCGGGACCACAAGAUGUUCCUCUUACGGACGAGAUGCUUGCACGCGCCAUUACGGCGCUGAACGCUCCGCGGAACGAGACCCUCUCCGAACUACUUCGGUUAGAGAUCACUCGGAACGACCUUGAGACCCUUACCGGUCUCAAUUGGCUGAACGACAACGUGAUUAAUUUCUAUUUGACCAUGAUUGUCGAACGAUCGAAAGAGAACUCGUCGUUGCCCAAAACUUAUGCAUUUAGUACCUUCUUUGUAACAACUCUCGAGCAGAAGGGCUACGCUGGAGUGCGUCGAUGGACAAAGAAAGUCGACCUGUUUAGUCACGAUAUAGUGUUAGUUCCUGUUCACCUAGGAAUGCACUGGUGUAUGGCUGUUAUCGAUAUAAGGCAUACGACAAUCAAAUACUAUGACUCGAUGGGAAAACGAAACGACCGAUGUCUUCGGGAUCUUCUCGACUAUCUAGUUUCAGAAAUGAAGGAUAAGAAAAAAGAGCCGCUUGAUAUAAGCGAAUGGAAACUGGUCAACGUCGAGGGUCUGCCUCAACAGAACAACGGCUCAGAUUGUGGCAUGUUCGCAUGUAAGUACGCCGAAUAUGCUUCGCGUGACGCGCGGCUAAAUUUCACUCAGGGAGAUAUGCCUUAUUUCCGCAAGCGAAUGAUCGUAGAACUACUCGACCGUAAGCUCAUGCAGGCUCAUUGAUAAGCCAAUUUCGGUGUAGAAGUUACUAUGUGUAUAGGUUAUGCUAAUUGUGUAGAAAAUGUUAUUCAGAAAAAAACAGCUCUGUGACUUUUCAAAGUAUGCAUAACUGAUGCAUAGACGAACCUAACUAAUUUAUAAAUACGACAUCCAUAUAUUAUUUUUCAUCAUAUGACGAAAAUCAUAAUAUAGGUCACAUAUUUGAGAGCUGAGUCCUGAAGCGCGCAUGACACUAACGAAACAAUCGACUUGUUAAUGCUUUAAUUUGGAUUGUCGCCAGAAAACGGGUAUCUCGAUUUGGUUCUAUUAUAUAGAAAAAUAGGCGUGAUUUAUAUUCGGUAUCUGAGCAGUGAUCCCUUAUUAUUAUAGAAAUUUUUAAAAUAUUUCUAGUUACAUAAAGACAUUGAUAUAUUAACCAAUGCAAAUCGUACGAGGAACAGCUAGAGAAACAGUCGGUUAGCAUUUCUAUGACUGUUUUAAUGGACCCAAUAGGUACCACAAUCAUAUAUGGUACGAAAGAGCCUCGCAGCUGAUGCCGAUCGCAUGGAUCUUAUUGCUCUUGUAUGAAUGCUUAACAUUUUAGGUCAACUGUAUAUAACGUAUUGUGAUUUAUGCACCCAUAAAAUCAGGCUGGGUGUGUAUAUGUAUAGUACCUACUAGUAGAAUGUGAAUAGAAUGUAAACUGUGUACAUAGCGACAGAUCGUGGAAGAUUUAAUAUGGUUGAUCGAAUAAAUGACAUCUAUAUUUAUCUUCAUAAUUUCCACGCUGGCUCGUUCCAAGAAGUUGAAUUAUUUCGUUCUAAAAGAAACUGAAAUCUUUCAGUACAAAUAUUGAGGCAUGCUGAGGACCGCUAGGGUUUGGCACGGUAAUGUAGCUAACUUUCCACUUAUAUGUUGGGUGACAUCUCAGUAAAGGACUGCGCGAAUAUUUUGUGAGGGAUGUUGCUUUUCCCUUAGUCUUUGUGACUGCUGGGGGAAUGAACAAAGUACACUACAUGAGAGAAACAAGGGAGCUAAACCAAGAGCUAUCUAGGCUCUCAAUGCAGGUAUACUAAAUGUAAAGUUAUCAUACAAAAACGAAUUAUUUGUUUUCUCUUUGCAGCGAUUUUUCUACGUGUCGAAUAUGACAGUUCAGUUUGGUUUGAGUAAUAUUAGUGAAAUUUUUUCACACAGUAGAUUGGAUUAUGACUCCGGCUUAUGUGUAUUGUUCAGCUAACCAAGAUAGCUGCCUCUGCUUUGCGCAGGCUAUCGGGCUUUUCGUCCUUUUGAAAAAUAUAUAUAUUAAACAUAAAUAUUGCUUUUAGUUAGGCCACAAACAGGAGAAACAUUAUGUCAAACGUAUAUCAAAACUGUCAAAACAUCUUUAAAAGCACUUUUGUUUGUGGUUCUCACUUGAAAACGUUUUGAAGAGGUAAUUUAGGUACCGACACAGAGCUGUAAAACAGGAGUGGACAAGAUAUCUUUACAUAUACAAAUUCGGAAGCAGUCUUCAUUUACUUGAAAAAGAUAGGGGCUCAGGGCACGCCUGAUUUUAGCUAACUAAGUCAAACGCUCCACUAAAAUUAGGCUACAGUCUGAAGGAAACACCGUGUCACCAUUACGCGAAUACAUACCAUUUACUGCAUAUACGCAAGUGAACAGUUUCUUGUACACAGCUGACAGGAUGUGUUACCACUUAGUUUACUGGAUAUACUGAAACGUCAAUACAAGGAGCUAUAGUACAAGACUAUUAUGCAGUUUCAUCACAUCUCUACUAUUUCUAAGCAUUAGGAGCAAUACGGUAUUAGAACGCGAGGCAUAUAUUGGCAUUUCGAUAAGUGUCGUCUGAAAGCUCUGUUCGUUUUGAUGAAGUUUUCUUUAUAUCCAAGAAUUCUCUUAAAAUUUGACUACCACUGGGUCCUUGCGCCAUACCGCUCAAUAAGGUCUCAAAUAGAGCAUGCAAGAAACAAGCUAUACGCCAUUUGCUGAUUAAAUUCGCAAAUAUAACUUUUCGAGGUGACACUGCCCUUAUUAGUCGCAUAAAUUCUGUCAGAGCAUAUGCAAUUAUUAUAAUUAUUAUAGAUUGACAAAAUGUGAUAGAAAUUUAUUGUUAAAUGAUUUUUUUCGUGGAACUGAUCUCAAUUCCUUAGCUGCUGUGCCAUCGUUUUGGACAUUUAAGAGAUGCAGCAUCUUUAUAUCCUAUUUGAGCUGUUAAGGAUCGUUUAAGGAUAAAGUUUAGAAUGGUCUUCGUUCGACCUAGAAAGCAGACAUAUCUUCAAACUUCCAGUUAAAUUUUAACGAAGCAGCAAGUAAAAUUGCAGAUUACUUUAUGGGUGAAAAAUUGACACAUGGCCAAAUAUAUGUUCCUGUCUGCAGCUCGCGAACGUAAUUUUUGUGAUCUAGUAUUUCUUUACUGUCAUGCUGCAAUAAUUAGUAUUUAAAUUAUUUAGUUUUAAUACUAAUUGUAUCGCAUCGUUGAAGGUGGCUGACAAAACGUGAUUGUUAAGGACAUAAUUGGUUUCAAGACGCCUUACUUAAAAUGACUACGUUUAUAUGAGGUACGUCAUUUUAGGGGAUUCCCAGCUUGUAAGUGUAUCCUGCUGUUUAAGAUGUAUGCGAAUAUUGGUUAGAUUUAAAUUUACUAUUAUUAUUAGGUAACAGCACACAUAUAGCAGAAAGAAAAGUGGUAGCGGUGGUCUAAACGAAUGGACUAGAUAUAAAUAAAAUCAUGAGCAAUUCUACAAUUGAGUUGCCUAUUUCCCAAUAAUGGGCUUUGCACAAAAAUUGUGUAAACGAAUUAUUCUUCUUAGAAAUUUGAAAUGCUAUAGUUUUGUGGUAUCUUCUGCAAUUGUUUUCUCUUGACGCAAUAAGGGUGACUACAUAUCGUAUUUAUCCAGCUACGCACAGGCUUUCUUAUAACAAAGCUAUAAUAACUAAUCUAAUAGAUAAAGAUGAGUUAACAAAACAUUUAUAUAUUCAAAAGCUUAUCCUAAUUGAGCUUUUGUGAGGAUUUCAGUACCAUCAGAAAUCAAUUUCCGUCCAAGCUGCGAUCAUUAAUACGCAAUGAAUCUUCUUGUAUUUAUGUGUCUGCAAUAGGUAGGAACUAAACAGAGACGUUUAGAUAUAGUCAUUAAAAGAAACAGAUAAACACCUUCUAUAGAAUUGUUCGUACUGAUAGGAACGCGGAACAGUCCUCAGUAUGGUAUAUGGUAUAGUAGUUUAUUAGUAGUAGAGUAUUUUAAUUGUAGUAGAAAGUGCUACCGGGAAAAAUGACUGAGCCCUGAGGGUCAGCCAUGAGGUUAUUUUAACAUAAUUGUGUAGGA